AUGGCUCCCAAGGAAGAUGACUUCGUCUUUACACUUUCAGACGACGAAGAUGUUCCCCGUUUCGAUGAGGAGGAGGACGAUUUGAACGAAUUGGCCGAAAAAGGCGCUACAGAGAACAAGAAGCGCAAGCGUGAAGCGGAGGACUCGAAGAAGAGCAAGAAAGUGAAGGGCCAGAACAAGGAAAAGAGCAAGAAGGGGAAGAAGGGCAAGGUCGAGCCUGUUGAGGAAGAGGAGGAUGAAGAAGAGGGUGGAGAGGAAGAAGUCGUUGCUAUUGGCAAUGAUGACGGUGCCUUGAAUCCUGAGUUUGAGUUCGAUGUUGCCGGUUUGGCGAACAAUGGCGUUACUGAAGGGUUUGAUGGAUGGGGUUUCGACGAGUCUAAGCAGGAAGGUCCUGGUGGAGACAAGAAGGCGGUUGAUAUUGACGAUAUCAUUUCGCGAAGAAAGGAGAAGAAAGACGCUGCUGCUGCUAAGAAGGCGAAGAAGCUGGCUGCGAGGGCCGGGCCUGUCGAGGAAGAGAGCGACGAGGAAGGUGGUAUGGAGGUCGACUUUGGUGACGAUGAAUUGAUGGCCGAUGACGCCUUUGGAAUGGGUGCUGAUGGCGAGGAAGAGAGCGAUGCUGAAGGUCCCGAGGUUGGCUCUGGACCAGAAGACUCCGACGAGGAACAGAGCGACUCCGAAGCAGAAGAUGGGGAGGACUCUGACGACGACGACGCCGCAUCUGAUAAUGAUUCUGUCGCAACUCCAGUCAACCACCCCGAUGAUAUGGGAUCUGAUCGCGAAUCCGACGUCGAGAGUGAAGUUGAUGCGGAAGAGGCAGAGAAGCGCAAAGCUUUCUUUGCUCCUGAAGAGAAAACCGACAACAAAACCUCUGAUAAGAGCACAUUCCAAGACUUCAACCUUUCCCGUCCUAUUCUUCGAGGUCUGGCCUCAGUUGGUUUCACCGACCCAACUCCCAUUCAGCGCAAAGCUAUCCCCGUCGCUCUCCUGGGUAAGGAUAUCGUCGGUAGUGCCGUGACUGGUUCCGGAAAGACUGGCGCCUUCAUCGUCCCCAUUCUCGAGCGUCUAUUGUUCCGCCCUCGCAAGGUCGCUACCUCCCGUGUUGCUAUUCUGAUGCCUACUCGUGAAUUGGCUGUUCAAUGUUACAAUGUCUCCGUCAAGCUGGCGACCUUCACCGAUGUCACCUUCUGUCAACUGGUCGGUGGUUUCAGUCUCCGUGAACAAGAGAACAUCCUUAAGAAGCGUCCCGAUGUCAUCAUCGCUACACCCGGACGUUUCAUCGAUCAUAUGCGCAAUUCUCCCAGCUUUACAGUUGAUACCCUCGAAAUUCUGGUUCUUGAUGAAGCCGAUCGAAUGCUCGAGGAUGGAUUCGCAGACGAGUUGAACGAGAUUCUCACCACGAUUCCCAAGUCUCGUCAAACCAUGCUGUUCUCCGCUACUAUGACUGAUACCGUCGACAAGCUGGUUCGCGUUGGAAUGAACCGACCCAUGCGUCUGCAAGUGGAUGCUAAGAAACAAACCGCAUUGACCUUGACACAAGAAUUCGUCCGAUUACGUCCGGGACGUGAGGAUAAGCGUCUUGGAUACCUAUUACAUUUGUGCAAGGAGAUCUACACAGGCCGGGUGAUUAUUUUCUUCCGCCAAAAGAAGGAAGCGCAUCGCGUCCGCAUUAUCUUCAGUUUGUUCGGAUUGAAAGCUACAGAAUUGCACGGUUCCAUGAGCCAAGAACAGCGUAUCAAAAGUGUCGAAAACUUCCGAGACGGCAAAGUGGCUUACCUUCUCGCCACCGAUCUAGCCUCCCGUGGUCUGGACAUCAAAGGAGUGGAGACAGUCAUCAACUACGAAGCCCCACAAAGCCACGAGAUCUACCUGCAUCGUGUCGGCCGUACCGCCCGUGCAGGACGCACCGGUCGGGCCUGCACCAUCGCCGCCGAGCCAGACCGGAAGGUCGUCAAAGCUGCGGUGAAAUCUGGCAAAGCGCAAGGAGCCAAGAUAGCCAGUCGAGUAGUGGAGAUGGCGACCGCCGACGCCUGGGCUCAAAAAGCCGAGGAUCUAGCGAGUGAAGUAGAAGAGAUUCUCGAGGAAGAGAAGAUGGAGAAACAAAUGUCUCAAGCUGAGAUGCAAGUGAAUAAGGGAUCGAACAUGAUGAAGCAUGGAGCGGAGAUUAUGUCACGGCCGAAGCGGACAUGGUUUGAGAGCGAGCAACAAAAACGGACAGCGAAGCAGGCUGGAGCGGAGGCGUUGAAUGGACCGAAUGCUCAGUCGAAGAAUGUUAAGCUUAGCAACAAGGAUAAGAAGCGAUUGGAUGAUGCACAGAUGAGACAUGACGGGAACAUCGGGUGGAAGAAGGGCAAGGCGGAACGAGAUGCCCGAGAUGCGCCGCAUGCGAAGGGGAAAGAGAAGAGUGGCAAGGGUGGAAAAGGAGGGAAGGGCUUCAAGGGCAAGGGCAAGGGCAGAAAGUAA